ACCUGCACUUCAUUCACCAACAACUUGUUCACCACAUCCCUCCAUGGCGCAUUCGGCACAGCGAGAUUCCAACACCUUUACAGCUGGUGAUGACCUACGUCCCGAUGUCCCACAGCGCGCCUGUGUGAGCCUCUCGGCCAUCGUCGCCUUCCCUCCCCUAACUUGUGACAACAGGACAACUGCCGGCGACACAAGAUCAAGUGUGUCGGCAAGGACGAUCCCCCGUGCAAGCGUUGCAGGCACAUGCGCCUCGAGUGUCGCUUUCAAAUGCCCCCCGUGCCGCGGGCCGUCAUCGAGGAUAACGAGGCCACUAAGAAUCGCCUUGCUCAGCUCGAAGGGCAUGUGGCUGGAAUCUUUGACAAACUCGACCAGAUGAGCACGGCUUUGGUAAAGAUGAAUGAGAGGGCGGAGCGUCGGACGGACGGUUCAUCUCGCCCCGAGCAGCGCUCGCCACCAUCGCCGCUCACAAUAGAGACGUCGAUUGGUCGUCCUUCUGCAUCGCCCGUUGACCGACGCCCGCCAUCUAUAGCAUCCAGCUCGUACCGCCAAGAUUACGCCCCAUCCGUUGCCCCGCAGAAGCGCCCCUCGCCCUGGUCAGCGAGUGACAACGUGCACAACCCAUACAUGGACACUCGCCCUUCGCCCCAAGCCUCACUUCGCUCCGUCACGCUGGCCAGUGUUCCUCAGGCUCGCUCCAUUACUCCUGCGCUCAGUGACGAUGACCCACUCGAAGUCUCACUCGCGCGAGAGCGAGAUCCGAUGCUGGCAGCUGAAGGCGACCACUCAUUGGCCUACACUGCCAAUGACCGCUUAGCGAAACGGCGGCGGACGGCAGACUCACCACGAUCGCUUCAGGCAGCCGGCACUCCUGCCGGCAAUGACCCGCUCCGCGGAGCGGCUGAUCCCGUCACACUCGGUCUCAUUUCUGAGGAAGAAGGACGGCGUCUAUUCGACAGCUUUCUAAAAUCCGCGUACCCAUUCACCCCUGUGCUCGAUCCCGCCCGCGACUCAUGGGAAAGUAUGCGUGAGCGCUCCCCGUAUUGCAUCACCGUGAUGCUUCUGAUUGCGCUCAAACAGCGUGAGGCCGCUGGCGCUGCAUCCGACUUAUCCACAAAGCUAGCUGACGAGGUGGAGAGGAUAACAAAGCUCACCCUGUACGCACCAGUGACCCUGGAAACCUUACAGGCCAUGGCGAUUCUCAUUUCAUACUCUGACAACGCGUGGCGGAUUUGUUCUCACGCAAUGGCGCUUGCAAUUGACAUGCGACUGUACCGCUGCCUUCCCUAUUUGCACAAGAUUCGCACUGAGGCACAGAAUCCGAACCUCAUGCUGGAACGGCAGCGCUCCCUCGUGGUCGGCGCCCGCAUAUGGUUAUCACUCGUUCGCCAGGCUUACGAGAUGAGUUUUAAUCAUGCACUACCGAUUCUGUUUCCGUCCGACCACGGCCGACGCACAUCGUUCAAGCGUGAUCUGCUGGAUCACCCGUUGUCCAACUUGUACGACAGCCGACUAGUCAUCUCGGUCGAGAUGUGCGAAGUGCGAGAGAGCAGUUUCAGACCGUUCGAUACGGUUGACAAUCACGAGGAGAUGGAUGCGCUUCUGCGAGAAGCCAACGCGGGGAUGGAAGAGCUCGACGCUCACUGGAGCUCGUACUAUGACAGAUUGGGCCUACCGCAGGACCACUUUCUUCGCAUCGAGCUGAGCAACCAGCGGGCGUACAGUGUCCUUUACACAAAUUCCCCAGCUUGGAGCGGCGUGCAGAAGCCGGAGGAUGUGCGCCGACUCAGCAAGGAGCGUCAGCUAUGGGUAGCUGCCGCGCUAGACGCCGCAGCCUUCCUCGUGUCGUCUGUUGCCAGCCGCCUUGACAGCUCCGAGUUUGGAAACCACAAUUUCCAUGUCGGCAUCAUUGCAACCGCUCGUUACCUUAUUCGCAUGUGUGAGCUUCUACCUGAUGCUUGCAACGCGCAAGAAGUUGCGCUGUCAAUAGAUCGCCUGCUUGUCAAGCUGCCAUACCCGUUUGCCGGGUUUGCGGAGGGGCUGCGCCGCACUCUCGCUCGAGCGCGGGAGAAGGGCAUCCUGCCAUUCUCACAGAUGAGCUCAGCAGCAGCGAGGCGCCCAGUCCCAUCACUCCAGCCCGCCCUUUACCAACAACCCGCUCCGCCACCCGGUCUUAAUCCUUUCCCAUGGCAUGACCCCGUACAAACGGUCGAUUUAAAUCAGUUCAUGGAUGCUCCCGCGUCGGGCACGGCAGCCGUUUCAAGGCCUCGGGCAGACUCAAUCGCUUGGGCGGAGGAGUUCGAUCUCGCCGCGUGGUUUCCCGCUACUGCCGACACAACUGAGGGUAUCCCGCUGGACUUCACCGCGCUUGAUGUUGACAUGGCCAACUUUUUUCCAGCCGCACCUCAAGUAUGGUUCGACGGGUCGUCGUAGAUGCCGAGGAACGCGGCGAACCUUCUGCGGUACAUCCUUCGACAAUGCUACAUCCGGUGCAA